GGUUGACAGACAAAUACUUGGUUAAUUUCAACUCCACUUGAAUAGACACUUCAUUACACACCAAAAGUUGGUGAACCCAUUUUAUGUUUUACUUAUCUGAUGCUUUUAGUAAUUAGAUGUUGUCUUAACUGCAGCAGGCCGUGAUGAAGGGUUGACCUCAGUCGUCUUCCCUUUACGCUUGUAACACUUUUCAAGGGUUUGGUAAACGACGGAGAUGAAAAUCUAUUCGUCUCCUGAGGGUGCACUGAGGUGUGACCUUUAAUCCCUCUCCGGGUUGCCGGACAAGUCUGGUCUGGUCCUCCGUGCGCUAAAGAACAAGCUGCCGUGACACAGGCGUAACCUCUCACCUCUAUCUCGGCACAGCUGUGUUGUGGGGCUUUCGCAUUUUUGUGUAGAUUCAGAUCAGGUUUUAGACUGUACACCAUAUUAGCGAUCUGAAGAAGUUGUUCUCUUAUUUUACCUACAAUGUUGUAUUUUGUUUCAGUGUUGUUGUUGUUGUUGGUAUUUAUCAUUUUAAAUGUAUAUUAUUGUCUGAUUGCCACCACAGAUUGCCAAACCAGCAAAGGAACUUGGAAGCAAAGCUCAAAAGUAAUGCCAUCCAACAAAUACUCCUCCGCCAUCAUGGCGGAAAGUGACAAGAUGACCGCCACGGCUGCAGUAAAUGGAGACGCGUUGGCGGUGGAAGGGUCAGAGAAUGACAGCGGCCUGAAGAUGGCCAGUGAGAACAGCCCUCUGACGGCUGCAGAGCCCCCCUCACCUUUCAGCCCAAAGCAGAAUGGAGAUGCCGCUUCGCCCGCCGACGCAAACGAGAACCAGCUGUCGGCCAACAGGAAGAGAAUGCGCAAGCGCUCCGUAUCAGAGGACGAGUCCUCCUGCGGCGAGGAGGAGAAGGCGCGUGUACAACCAGCCUGUGCAUCCAGCCUGAGGCAGAGGCCUUCCCCCAGGACCAUCUUCCAGGCAGGCCUGACCCCCCACAGCAAGCCCCGCAGCAGGGAGAGAGGUCGCCAGGGCAAGGCAGACCGCAGUAGCCGCCUGACCUCUGCCUGCUGUGAGCCCAGCCCAGCGGUGUCAGCGGUCCCUCAGGUUCCUUCCCUGGAGGUCCCUCAGGUUCCUUCCCUGGAGGACUCCAAAGACUCUGCACAGAGCAUCGCCACCUCCGCCUCCGUCUCCCUGGGCUGCGCAGAGGUCGCCAUCCAGCCCGAGUACAAGGACAACAAAGGCUUUGGCAUCGGAGAGCUUGUCUGGGGGAAGAUCAAGGGCUUCUCCUGGUGGCCCGGCAUCGUGGUGACCUGGCGAGCCACCAGCAAACGGCAGGCCACCCAUGGCAUGAGGUGGCUGCAGUGGUUUGGAGAUGGCAAAUUCUCAGAGGUGUCUGCAGAUAAGCUGGAGGCCAUCACCGCCUUCCCCAAGUACUUCAACCAGUCCUCCUACACCAAGCUGGCGUCGUACCGGCGGGCCAUCUUCCAGGCCCUUGAGGUGGCGAGUGUGCGUGCGGAGAAGACCUUCACGCCCUGCGAGUCGGACAACACUGAGGAUCAGGUGAAGCCCAUGCUGGACUGGGCCAAUGAAGGCUUCCUGCCCAAGGGUCUGGAGGGUCUCAAACCCACUGAGAACUCCGGGAGCAGUCCUCUCACCUCUCAGGUGCUUGAUGUCAGCCUGUCCGACUACUUCCCCACAGCUAAGAGACAGAGGAUCAGCAUGUGUAAGACCAAGAGUGGCCCUGAGGACGUCUUCAGCAGAGAGCAAAUGGCCCAUGAAGUCUUGAAGAAUUCCUGCAGCAUCGAAGAUUUUUGUCUGUCUUGUGGGAAAACGAGAGUGGCAACUUUCCACCCACUCUUUGAAGGAGGCCUGUGCCAAGCAUGCAAGGAUGUGUAUCUGGAGAUGUCCUACAUGUACGAUGACGACGGCUAUCAGUCUUACUGUACAGUGUGCUGUGGAGGCAGGGAGGUUCUGCUCUGUGGAAACGCCAACUGCUGCAGGUGUUUCUGUGUGGACUGCCUGGACAUCCUGGUGGGGGCGGGCGCUUCUGACAGUGCACGGGACCUGGACCCGUGGCGCUGCUACAUGUGCCAGCCGAUGCUGCAGUACGGCGUCCUCAAGCGCCGCCACGACUGGAGCCUCAAACUGCAAGAGUUCUUCGUCAACGACAACGGACAAGAGUUUGAAAGUCCCAAAAUCUACCCAGCAGUCCCUGCAGAACAGAGACGCCCCAUCCGUGUGCUGUCCCUUUUUGAUGGGAUUGCCACAGGCUAUUUGGUGCUAAGAGACCUGGGCUUCAAGGUGGACGUGUACAUUGCCUCCGAGGUCUGUGAGGAUUCCAUAUCGGUGGGCGCCGUGCGACACGAAGGAAAGAUCCAGUAUGUUCACGACGUGCGCAACAUCAGCAGGAAGAAUAUUGAUGAGUGGGGCCCAUUUGACAUGGUGAUUGGUGGAAGUCCAUGCAAUGAUCUCUCCAUUGUAAACCCUGCCAGGAAAGGCCUCUACGAGGGUACUGGCCGGCUGUUCUUUGAGUUCUACCGCCUCCUGAGCGAAGCAAGGCCCAAAGAGGGCGAGGACCGACCCUUCUUCUGGAUGUUCGAGAAUGUGGUGGCCAUGGGUGUCAAUGACAAGAGGGACAUCUCCCGCUUUUUAGAGUGUAACCCUGUCAUGAUCGAUGCCAUUGAGGUUUCUGCGGCUCACCGGGCACGUUACUUCUGGGGAAAUCUGCCAGGCAUGAACAGGCCUCUCUGUGCUUCUGGCAUGGAUAAACUGGAGCUUCAGGACUGUCUGGAACAUGGACGCGUUGCAAAGUUCGGCAAGGUGCGCACUAUCACCACACGCUCCAACUCCAUCAAGCAGGGCAAGGACCAACACUUUCCCGUCCUGAUGAACGGGAAGGAGGACAUCUUGUGGUGCACCGAGCUGGAGAGUCUUACCGUGCAUUUCCACAGGAUUUUCGGGUUUCCUGUCCACUACACAGACGUGUCCAACAUGGGCAGAGGCGCUCGGCAGAAGCUGCUGGGAAGGUCCUGGAGCGUGCCGGUGAUCCGUCACCUCUUCGCCCCACUGAAGGACUACUAUGCCUGUGAAUAAUCAGCCCUUUGGCAUCAAGUCCUGCUCCUCCACUGUCACAUACACACACCGGGCGUCUGUCACCGCAGCCCUUCUCUGAUGGUAGAACAGAGCUCAAGGCGCCAUCAAUAGCAUCCAGGCCCACGUAACUAUCCCUCUCUGGUGGACCAACCAAGAACCUCAGUUUGAAAAUACCCAGCAAAGGCAAAGCAACCUGGCCCUGAAUGUGAUUUUGUGUGUGUGAGAGAGAAUGUUUGUGAUUCAUAUGAUAACUACUUGUUGUCAAGCAUGUCCAGGGGCUUCACUAAAUGACAGGAGUAAGGUUAAAGGCAAAGGUGCCCAGUUCAAUAGCCAAGAACGGCAGGUGUCACGUUACUGUAUAGUGACCACAUGUCAGGCUCCAAGUUCAGCCUCGGCAUCAUUCCCAAACUCAGGGUAAGAUACAUUUAGUUUAUAAUUGUCUGUAGACACUGUGCUGUCGAUAACCCGUGUCAUUUAUGUCAGCAAAGAAAAAAACACUUUGUAUAAAAAGAUAAUCAAAACUGAACAUGUUUCAUCAUAAAUGAAUGGGAACAUUUUUUAUUUUUAUGUCCAGUUCUAAAGAGAUACUUGAAAUUGUAAUCAAUGCAAAAAAAAAGGCCUUUACUAAGCGCAGACCAUUACUAGCACCAGUUACUUUUGGACUGGAUCUGGGCACUUUGGUCUAUUUCCAUGUACAUUGCAUGGCAUACCCCUUUGCUAGAGUGGUGUGUUUCCUUUGCAAAAAAAAUGCAAUUGUACAUUUGUGCAAUGUCCACCAGAAAAAGAAAAUAUAGAGUAUUAUCCAAGAAGAAAUAGAGUAGUCUUGGUAUCACUUUGAAGGGUUAAAAAAUGCAUGCAAGAAAUGCAUUAAAGUGCAAGAUAUUUUAAAGUUUAAGAUAUAUCACUUAGACCAAUCACUUAGCAUACGUAUAAUCAAACUCAGAUAAAAAAAGUUCCCAAUUUCAAAGUGCAUAGAUUCAGUAAUGGCCUGAAUUGUUCCAUUGUGUGUGUUCCUGGUUUAGAAUUUGUAUGUUUUUAUCCAAUGAGAACAUAAUUAUUUUAAGUAUAAGAGACAUUUAUGUCAUCUCCACAAGAGGGCAUUAUCUUCUUGCAUUUUUUGAAGAUUUUUGAAAGCAUGUCCAUACAUUGUCUUGACACAUCACCUGUCAUUGUAAUUUUUAAUUGAGAUUUGUACUGUACUGUAUCUGGUCUUUUGACAAAAACCAUGUUUACAACUCACGAUUGCUUUUUCAAUGUAAAAGUCUUAAGAAAUGGAAAGUCCAACAAAUCAAAAGAAUGCCAGUGUUUGGUAGUGAACACGGAGAACACUUUUAAUGGCUUAAAAACCUCUUGUUUUUUCCGUAGUGACAGGUGUAAGUGGUGGGAGAGAUUAAAAGGUGUUAGGUUUGCAUUAAUAACAGAGCACUCUGCUGUAGCUUUUUACAUUGAAGAAAAUUGGUGUACUUAAUUCUUGCUUUAUGCUAAUCAUUUCUGUAAUUAGCCUCUUUGUCCUUUACCUGUAUGUAUACUAUGCCUUUUGAACAACUGCUAGUAUAUUCUCUAUAUGUAAGUUGUAUUUUCUUGGUCUACAUACCAACUGGACAUUACAGAGUUUUAUAUGAUCAUUAUCAAGAGAGGUGUUAGCCUGUAAACAAACAUUUUAUAAGUCUUAAGUGCACUACAAGAAUACACAUUGUUGGAGUUACUGUUCUCAUUCUUUCUAGUCUUUCAGUCUUUUGAAAGUGUCUAUUACUUCACCCCUGGUGCCUUUUGGUGGACAGAUUUAGUGAAUGUCCUCAUGCAUCACAGCAUGUAAUGAAAGAUUCCUUCAAGUCAGUUACUGAAAUAUGGAACUUUCACAAGUCUCAUCCAGUCGAAUUCCUAGUGGAUAUGCUUGAAAAGACAACAGCUUUCUCUUGGCUAAUGGGCGUUCUGCCCUGCAGAUAUCAUAUUCCUAACCCACUAUUUUUUACUCGUGUUUUUGAAACUUGCUUGCUUGAUGUAUACAUAAAGCCUUUAUGUUUAAAGAAACAAAGUAGAAGAAAGGACAGCUUUUUAAAUAGCUUUGAGUAGUCUUUGAUUUUAUAUUGUGGUAUAUAAAUAUAUUUGUGUUUUUUAACUUCUGUGAAAGAAUAGUUUGUGGUAUACUCAUGCCUUUUCCUGUAUUAGUACCCAUUUGUUUUUUCUUUAACCAUAGUUGUGGUUUUAUUCUAAGAAUAAAACAUGUAUAAAACAAGAGUUUCCUUUUAACAUAAAAACACCCACAACUCUAUUUUUAUACCUUUUUACUUGAUCAGUAUUUUGUCGAACACUGCCAAUAAAACUGAUAAGACGUUAUGUUACA